GCCUAAAUUUGGCAGACAGAAAUACGUAUAGAGCUUCAAGCUUACAUCAGGACAACCUAUAUAUAUUUAUAUAUUUGCCUUUCAACUUGUUUGCUGUCACUUUAUGCAGUCGUAUACUAUACCAGAAAAUAUUUGUUUGUCCUUUUCACUUUCUUAUACAGUUUCAAUGUUUUAUUCAAAAUUGUGUUUGAGAAAUUCUGUUUACUUCUGCGGAUGAUCAUUGCCGUUAUUGCCCAUAUCUCUCUGAGAACUGCAAAGCUUUUAGAAAACAGAGAACUACUACACUACAAAUCUUGGAGGAUUGAUAAAUUAUGAAUGUUUAAUCUUCAUUUUUUAAGACGUAUAUUUUUAAGAAUACUGUAUAUACUUGUUAAGAGCUUCUUUAGAGUGGCUGAACUCAGGCUUGUAUGGUGGCUUGACAUCAAGGGAAGGAUCGAAACAAACAUUCUGUCUCCAAAAUCAACUUAUGGAGCUCAUUUUGUGUAUAAACUUAAGGAACCUAACAUGGGGCUGGGCGUGAAGUGUUCUUAGACCCUUCAAAAGAUAAGCAGGAGCUAUGUAAAGUAAGAGAAGAUGGGCUGUUGGAGGUGGAAAUAGAAGAAAAAAGGAUUCCUCAAGUUUGCAUAAGGUGAAGGAAGAUGGUAAAGUUGUUCAACCAAAGGAGAACCAGAACGCCGAGGACAAAACAGAGCAGCAAACAGAGAUCAUCACCAACAUGGGACAAGGACUCUACUGGGCUGCAGUAAGAGGCGAUUUCAGUAUGUUUCAAGAUAAAGAUCAACUUCAAAAUCUACUGACUCCAAAUAAGAACACAAUCCUUCAUAUCUAUGUCACAACGCCGAAUAUCUCAAACCAACCAUUUUUGUGGAAAGUGUGCUUACUAAGUGUCUAGCGCUGCUGAUGCAGCCCAACAAGAAAAACGAGACUCCCCUGCACAUAGCAGCGAGAUAUGGACAUGAUUCAAUACUGAAGAUCCUCAUUCAACAUGCAAAAGGUCAUCAUCCUCAAAACCAGGAGAGAGGUUUAGAAGAAGCCAGGCGGAUGAUGAGGAUGCUUAAUGAAAAUCAAGAUACAGCUUUCCAUGAGGCGGUUCGAUUUCAUCAUUUAAGUGUGGUGCAAAUAUUGAUAGAGGAAGACCCCAAUUUGGUAUAUUUGGCUAAUAAGGAACAGGAGACUCCACUCUACAUGGCAGCUGAGAGAGGAUACAGUGAUAUUGUGUUUAAGAUAUUAGACAAGUGCAAAUCACCAACUACUGGUGGUCCUGAUGGCAGAAAUGCUCUGCAUGCUGCCACUAUACGAAAAGAUCAAGAAAUGAUAAAAAAGAUCCUAGCAAAAAUGGGAGAUCUGUUGAAAGAAACAGAUCGAGUGGGCUGGAAUCCGUUGCACCAUGCUGCAUAUAUGGGAUAUCUUCCUGCAGUGAAACCGUUUCUAGAAUUACCAAUUGGCAGCGCAGAAGCAGCCUACAUGAAAGACACAGAAGGAAACACUGCUCUUCAUCUUGCAGCAGCUUGGGACCAUGAGGAGGUAACAUCAGAAAUUAUACAAAAAUGUCCGGAAUGCUGUGAAUUAGUGAACAAAGCAGGCUCGAGUAUUUUACACGCUGCUGUGCAGAGCGAUAGUACUACUCAACGGGCAAUGGAUGCUAUACUGAGAAGGAAUGCGCUCAAAAACUUGUUGAAUGAAAAGGAUAAUAAAGGGAACACUCCACUCCAUCACAUUGCCAUUUCACUUAUUAUUGACCUGGUUGAUCUCAUUGAUCACGGUGGAGUGGAUAGAAUGGCAUUCAACAAUCAAAACCAAAAUGCACUUGACAUUGCUUCCGCUACUAAAACUCAAGCAGCGAGGAAGAACCAAUUUAUACAACGCUUGCAAAAGAAUGGUCUGAGGUCGGGCACUCGAUUACAACACCAUCCCUCAAAUGAUGAUAAAGAGGAAGAAAUUGAAGAGGAUGCUUCUACUUUAUCUGAGCUAGAUAAAGCCAAGGAUGCUAAUUUGAUAGUUGCUGCACUGACUGCCACGGUAACUUUUUCAGCAGGUUUUACUGUACCAGGAGGUUUUAUUAGUGACAAAGGGCCAUUACAGGGCACUCCAAUACUCGGAGAUAGCUCAGCAUUCAAGGCAUUUAUCAUAAUGGAUACCUUAGCCAUGGUCCUCUCUAGUUCUGCCGUCUCUGUUCACCUCUUUUUGAGCUUCAGAGAAGAUAAGUCGAGGUUAUUAUGGUAUUUUGUUCUUGCCUUUGCUCUCACCGCCAUGGGCAUGGCAGCGAUGGUGCUUGCAUUUGUUACAGGCACUUAUGCAAUGUUAGGCUAUUCCAGGGCACUUUCAAUUGUUGCUUGUGUCGUUGGAUUGUCUUUCUUUCUUUUAUUCUACAAAUUAUUAAAAAAAAAUUUCUCCUCAUAAAUUGGAUAUAUGGACCUUCAUAGGCAAUUCUACAACAUCAAUUUAAGGUCCUAACAAUUGAAGCAGGUUACUUUAA